AUGAAGGUGAAGUAUUUACAGCGUGUGAUUCGAUGCGAAUCUUAUUUACUCCAACCUGUUGAUGGCGAACUACGUAUUAUUACUACUAAGGUGCCUGUGAGGGCUGGACUAAAUGAGUGCUAUUCACCCCAUGAUGAAGAUUGGAUUCCCAGUGGAAUGGAAAAUAAUCAAUCGAAUAAGGAGCUGCUGAAGUUGGAAGAAAAAGUCAAUGAAUUUGAGAAUGAGUAUCAUCUGGACUACAUAAUGGGAGUUAGACGCGAUGCGUUGAUGAAAUUACGGGAAGUUAAUGUUGAGAGAAAUUCUAGUGGAGGAAUUAUGAAAAGUAUAAUCGGAGUCGUCAGUCCUAGGAAGAAUAAGGAGUCUUUAUAUGACACUACGAUUGGUGAGGAGAGCGAGCAUGCAGGUGCAACGAGCAGAUUGAUUUCUGGAGGACGCGCGGUUGAAGAACUGCGGGAAAUGUUGGGCGAUGAUGUUGUGGAUUGUCGCGAUAAGAUUGUGAAAAAUUGA